UAGAUGGAGUUAAAUGACUAACAAGAGACGUGCUGCAGAGGCUGAGAUAUUAUGACUUUUAGUCCCCAUUACCGGUCAAGCUCAAAAAUGGUGAACUCCACAUUUCCCAUCAUGCAACUCAGUAGCAUCUUUUGUAAGACGUUACGUGCUAAAUUUCUCAUUUUCAUCAUGGACCUUUCUUGGUAAAUGUCAGGCUUCAUGAAUUUGCAUUUUCUAAGUCCAAACUUAGAUAACCCUGACGACAUUUUUGAUGACAACAUCAGAGAACAGACACACACACACAUAUGAACAAGUAAACAAGAACAUAUAGGUAGAAUCACCAACUAGUUCUCACUCUUUUUCCGUCUGGUUUGCAUUUCCCUUACAUUCCUUCAAAUUUUGAUAUCCGAAAAACGAGGCAGAGUGAGACGUCGCUUUAUUUCCGCCUCUCUGAUUGAAUUUCCUGGUGCCCUCUUGGCCCCGCCCACGUCUUUGAAACGUCAACAGCGCCAAACUCUUCAGGCUCCUUCGGGGGGGAAAAUGACCGGUGGUACCGAGGAGCCGCAAUGGAGAAAAGUCCAUUCCGUUACAGGAGUGAUACCGAGGUCCAGACACGGACACCGGGCUGCAGCAAUACGAGAGUUAAUUAUUGUGUUCGGUGGUGGAAACGAAGGGAUAGCGGAGGACCUCCAUGUUUACAACACUGUCUCAAAGCAGUGGUUUCUGCCUGCGGUGAGGGGUGACAUCCCACCUGGCUGUGCUGCCCAUGGCUUUGUCUGUGAAGGCACUCGAAUACUGGUCUUCGGCGGCAUGGUGGAAUUUGGCAAGUACACCAACAGCCUCUAUGAACUUCAGGCUAGUCGCUGGCUGUGGAAGAAGCUGAAGCCCAGAGCACCCAGGAAUGGUUCGCCUCCUUGCCCUCGGAUUGGUCACAGCUUUACUCUUGUGGGUAAUAAGUGUUACCUGUUUGGCGGGCUGGCCAAUGAUAGUGAAGACCCUAAUGGCAACAUACCGAGGUACAUGAGUGACCUUUAUGAACUGGAGCUGCAGUCAGUAUCGGGGGCGAGAGCCUGGAGCAUCCCAGAAACCAAAGGUGGCGGUCCUUCAGCGCGGGAGUCUCAUAGCUCAGUUUCUUACGAUGGCCUUGGGUCCCCGAAGCUCUACAUUUUUGGAGGAAUGCAAGGAUGCCGGUUAGACGACCUCUGGCAGCUUGACCUUGACACUAUGGUGUGGUCAAAACCUGAAACAAGGGGUUCCAAGCCACUUCCCAGAAGCCUUCACUCUGCCAAUGUCGUUGGAAAUAAAAUGUAUGUGUUUGGAGGUUGGGUUCCUAUCCCAGAGUCAGAUGAACACAGUGCUUUAGGAACCGAAUGGAUCUGCUCUAACUCUUUAAGCGUACUCAACUUAGACACUAUGAGCUGGCAGAACCUUGGCCCAGAGGAGCUUGACGACAUCGAGUCCCAGCUGCAGAGCCAGGGUCCCCAGAGUGAUGAUCCUUAUGCCAGUAGGCCCAGAGCCAGGGCCGGCCACUGUGCCACCACUGUCGGGUCCAGGCUUUAUAUUUGGAGCGGCCGCGACGGAUUCCGUAAGAGCUGGAACUACCAGGUCUGCUGCAAGGAUCUCUGGUUCCUGGAGACAGAUCAUCCAGCCACCCCAGAGGCAGUGCUGCUCAUCAAAUCCACAGUCAGCAUGCUCCAUGUGGCGUGGCGCCCCCUGGCUGCAGCAGACUGCUACAUCCUUCAGAUUCAGCCUGUGUGUCCUCCCAAAACUGCAGCCAGCAAUCCACCUGCCAAACCAAUCGACACCACUCGAACAGAUGGACAAGAGGGGAAGAAUAAAGAUCCUGCAGGUGUCCAGUAUCUUCAACCUCAAAAUGAAGGAAUGUCAAAGAGAGACGAGAAAGCAUCCAUGCAGGAUGCUUCAGUACAGCAGGAAACAUCAGUGAAAUCAUCCAGUGGCUCAGCAGAGACCCACACACCAGGAGGGAGGAGUGCUGGGAGAGACUCAGGCGUCUCUGACCCAAAAAGCUGCUCUGUGGGACAGGAGACAUCAGCAACAGAGGGCAGCAGCUCAGCCCAGCAUCACUCAGAUAAACCUGUUUCCGCCGGCAAGACAGAAAAUUUCUACGCCUGCACAGAUCAGGUUCAGCAGAAUCCAGAUGAAGCAGUGUGGUUUGAUGUAGGUGUCUUCAAAACACUCUUCUCUGAGGUCAGCCACUACUUUCUGCCUGCUGACAGUGAUCAGGUGUCCACAGCCAUCAGCAGCCGACCUCCAAAUACUAAAGAGAGGAAGCUGCCAGGGCCUCAGGACUACCAGGGCAGGAAGAAGCAGGAGCUCACUCCUGGUCAGACCUACAGGUUCAGAGUUGCAGGCAUCAACUGCUUUGGCCAGGGAGACUUCAGCCCAGUCAGCGAGUUCAAGACCUGCCAGCCUGGUUUCCCUGGAGCACCCUCUGCUGUCAAGAUUACCAAGGCCAAUGAUUCAGUCCACAUCACAUGGGAGGCUCCACCCUCUACGUCAGGCCGGAUUCUGGAGUAUUCCAUGUACAUGGCGGUGAGGAAAAGCCGCUCCACCACCUCGGAGCGUCCAGGUCAGAUGGCCUUCAUCAGGAUCUACCGUGGCACCAAGAUGUCCUGCUCAGUCAGCUCCUCCCACCUGGACAACGCCCACAUCGACUGCUCUGCCUCCAACCGGCCAGCUGUCGUCUUUCGCAUCGCUGCCAAGAACGAGCAGGGCUACGGCCCGGCAACGCAGAUCCGCUGGAUUCAAGAUCCGAGUAAAUUGCGAGCAUCUGCCUCCAGAGCAGACAUGAGUGCCGAGGUGGACCAGGACGCUGCCGACAGCUCCAGCUAAAAAAAGUUUGGUCUGAAGAUACGUUUGGGAGAAAGACUGUGCGCUCAGGAAGCUGGCGAUGUACACCGCUCAGAUGUUGUAUUUUAUUCCCUAGAUAGUUUUGUUAAUUUAUUUUUUUAUGUAUUUAAUGAUUCUCUUGUAAAUAUAUAUACAUUUCCACAGGAAUCUUAACCACUUUGCUAUUGUAGUUAGUUUUGUUAAGUGAUAAUAUGUGAUAUACUGUAGACCAAACUACAACUACUACCACUAUUAGUUGAUGUUUAAAACUCUUUAAAGGUUGGAGGAGCCUAAGCGCUUACUCCACCACGCACUAAUGCUUUAUGUGUCACUGUUGUGAAUGAAACACAGGUGGUGAGAUACUUUCAUGCGUCAGAGUGCAUAAGAGAGAAAAGCUUUUGUUAGUGUGGACCACUUUUACAGUCCUAAUCCAAACCAGUGAGGUUUCAAAAAAAUCAAUAAUCUGAUGGAAUGUUGUUGUUUUAUAACCAGAUUAUUACCUGUUCAAAGUUUGAUUUAAACUCAUUGUCAAUGUGUUUUGUCGUUGUGCACGGUCACGUUACUGCAAAUGAUCUGUAUCCAUUACAUAUAUGCACCCCAUUUCCUGCUUUAUGGUUUUGUUGCAGUUUAUAUUCCUUAUUGUCAUCAGAUCAUUUAUCUCAGUGUGAUGUGUCUGUCUUUAUCAGUCAUUGUCAUGAUCAGUUUAAUCCAGUAUUAUUUCUGGCUUCAGCAAAAGAAGAGAGCAGUGGUACUUAAUUUCUGACAACAAUAAUAAUAACAAUAAUAAUUAAAAAUACUAUAUUUAGAUAACACAUUUCAAGCAAACACAAAAUUUGUGAGUUAACACUGUUAGUGUCCAUUUGUAUUAUUAUUAUGGCUUUCUGGCUGAAGAAGAGCUGUAGUCAGUAGUCUUACAAUGUUAAAGUGUUGGAGUUUGCACAUUGUAUUAUGUUUAUCUUAUAUAGUUAAUCAAGCAGUUAAUUAAUCAAGCUGCGGUCAUUUUUCCUUAGAGAUUGAUAAGGAUUCGUGUAAACUUUAAGCAGUCCCUGUGGACAAAUUUGGGCAUUGCAGAAGCAACUGAACAGAAUUCACUGGGGGAAUUACGUGUAUUAAUUAGAACAAUUAAGUGUAAGCUCUCAAAUAGAAAACAGCAUCUUUAUUGUCCCAAAAGGAAAUUCACCUCACAGUACUGAAUGUGCCAUAUACAAGUGGCAUAAUAUAAUUUCAGAUCCAAUGUGUGUAACACAGGUGAAUAUCUUCUCGUUAGUGACAAAUGAAGCAGUAGAAGAAUAUGGUCUGCAUUCUGCUUUUUAAAAGCAGUAACCAAAGUGUUUAACAACAGUGUUUGUUGAUGACAAUCAUUGCUGGACUGUGUUUCUGGAUAUCUAUAUCUGUGCAGUAACAACAUGGCAAAUAUAUGGAUUUGGUCAUUUUGCAAUUUGAUAAUAGAGUCACAAUUCUUCC